GGUGCUGUGUACCAUUGUAAUCCAGGGCGUCUUCUUCGACAGCCCUCAAACAUGGACGAAUGCCUGCGCAGUGCGUGCCCGGCUCUGUGGCAGAGGCUGCACAGGGACAACAAAACAAAGGUGGACGGCCCGACAGCAUCCAACCCGGAAGCGCCCUUGCCGCAACCGGCGGACGAGGUGGAGAGCGGGAGCGCAUAUGAAGCAAUGUGGGACUUCCAGGGCCGCAACUCCAAUGAGUUGACCUUUCAGACGGGAGAUGUGUUUGAGGUCCAGCACCGAAGUGAUGACUGGUGGACUGUAUGUAGGCUGGACCCGACUGGAAGCAAGCUCGAUAGCGGCGUUGUGCCCGGAAACUACCUGAAGAAAACCCAGACCGGUAUGCAGGUGGAACCAUGGAAUUUUGGGACCAUGAACCGCUCAGACGCCAUAAGUCUCCUCAUGGCACCGGGUAACAGACCGGGAGCGUUCCUCAUCCGAUCCAGCGAGAACCAUCUCGGAUACGUUCUCUCAGUGCGUUCGAGCUAUCGAGUGAAACACUUCAAGAUCAGCCAAACGUCCGACGGUCUCUUUGACCUGGACGGUCUGCAGCAGUUUACGUCGCUGGGCGACCUGGUGGCGCACUACUGCAACAACCGUCUCCGUCUCAGCAACGAGGACACACUGGGGGAACCCUGCAGGCCGAAAGAACACGUGUCAGAAGUCCAAUUCCCAGAUGAAUUGUGGGAGCUAUCCAAGGAGGAGUUCACCUUGGAGGACAAGUUGGGAAGCGGUUUCUUUGGGGAUGUCUACCGAGGAUGGUGGAAGUCGCGCAUUCGCGUGGCCGUCAAGAUCAUCAAGAACGACUCGGAGGUAAACCACACCGAGUUCCAGAGGGAAGUGCAGAUCCUCAAGCGCCUGCGCCACCGUCACCUCAUCUCGCUUUUUGCCGUCUGUACCGCCUCCACGCCGUAUUACAUCAUCACCGAGCUGAUGGAGAAAGGAAGUCUGCUGGACCUGCUCAGAAGUCCCGAGGGCAAGCAGCAGGAUAUGACAUCGCUGUCGGACAUGGCCGGUCAGGUGGCUGAUGGGAUGUCCUACCUGGAAGAGCAUAAUUUCAUCCAUAGAGACUUGGCGGCCCGGAACGUUCUGGUUGGAGAAGACUACAUCUGCAAGGUGGCCGACUUUGGACUGACCCAAGUCAUCAAGGAGCCAAUCUACUUUGCGUACCAGAAAGCCACCCCGCACAAAUGGAGCGCGCCGGAGGCCAUCAACCAGAGGAAAUUUUCCGUCAAGUCAGACGUGUGGUCCUUCGGCAUCCUGCUCUACGAGAUGGUCACCUACGGAGGUGUGCCCUACCCAGGUCUAAGCGGGGAGGAAGCGGACAAGCUGGUGAGCGAAGGCUACAGAAUGCCAGCACCUCCUGGUUGUCCGCCGUUCCUCUACGAAAUGAUGUCCAAAUGCUGGAAUAGCGAUCCCGAGCUGCGGCCCUCAUUCUGGCAACUGAAGGAGCAAAUGUACAACAUCUACGAUGGGAGUCUCUUGGCACAUACUAUAGACAAAGAAGCACCUACAACACCGACAGACACUUAACAGGCUUCCAUAAAGCGAAAAGGACUUUUGGCGAGAGAAGCGGGAUACGGCAAGAUUGGUCGCCAUCCGAUCGCUGGGUGCAUUUGAGUAACAAUCAAGCAUUCAUCUUGCUUUUUUAUGCUCAAAAUGAUGCGUAUUUGAAAAUAUGCAGAGCUCCAUUUGCAUAGAUUAUUUAUAAAAGGGAGUAAAACAACAUCUUUUAUGGACAAUUUAGAGGAUUCAGUGUGAGGGAAGCGUUUGGGAGUUUAAUACAUCGGCAACUAUUUUUGGAAUGAAUCAAGUAUUAUGUCACAGUUAUGGACUUAACCUGCAUUAUUUAAAAGUAAUCUUGACAUUGAAUCUAAUGUCCAUGCAUUUUUAUCAACUAAAAAGUCUAAUAGUAAAAUAUCCAUUUAGGAUUUGACACGAUAGUGUGACAUGAGUGAGACAAUUUGGUAUCACAAAUAAUAAGAGGAAAAGAUUGUCAGAAGGCGACAAAUCUUCAGUCCAUUUAAAAAGAUCAUAAAUCAUUCACUUUUUUAUACAGUCCAUUUAAAAGAAGAAUAAAUAAUUCACUUUUUUAUUUUCACCAUAGUGUGUGACUAAUCCCUCCAACCGGAUUGCUUUUUUGGUGAAUAUUGAGCAACUAGCAUUGUUGAAAUGUCCCACCUGAAAGCCAAAUGAUUCCACCUGCUUCUUUUUGGAAUCACUUGGGAUUACUACACGAUUCUGUGCUGUAGCUCAAUGAAUGCUGAAUACUUAAUUACCGUUUUUUUCCGUCUAUAAUGCGCCCCCGUGUAUAAUACGCACCCUAAAAAUGGCAUGUUGAUGCUGUAAAAAAGCCUGUACCCAUGUAUAAUACGCACCCAAAUUUGGACUCCUACUUAAGUCCGUGAACGUAAAAUGAUUUCAGAAAAAAGAUCAUCUUUGGGAACAACCGGAUGUUAUUCUGCCGGUCAGUAUCACUGCGCAUGCGCUAGCAUACUCAAUAGCGAAGAAAUGUUUCGGAUUUGUGUAGGGUACAUUGUGACAGCAAACGAGCAGGUGAUCGAGCAAGCGUCUGAUACGAGAGCAUUGUGUUCGUAUGGAGUGUGUUUGAAGUGAACAGCAGAGAAGAUAGCGCAUCUGUAAUGGCGGCCUCCGUAUGAUAUCCGGAUUUAAAAAAAAAAAAAAAAAAAGAAAUUUGAGAAGAUUUUGUUUUUGUUUUUUGUACCCAUGUAUAAUGCGCACCCCAGAUUUUAGGACAAUAAAUUAGCUAAAUUUUGCGCAUUAUACAUGGAAAAAAACGGUAUAUGCGCAACACCUCUGUGUAUUUAACACCUCUGUCUCUCUCUCUCUCUCUCUCUCUCUCUCUGUCUCUGUCUCUGUCUCUGUCUCUGUCUCUGUCUCUGUCUCUGUCUCUCUCUCUCUCUCUCUCUCUCUCUCUCUCUCUCUCUCUCUCUCUCUCUCUCUCUCUCUCUCUCUCUCUCUCUCUCUCCACAC